GGCUGGGGGAGGCCAGGCUUGCGGGUGGGGGGUGGAGAGCGCAACAGUGUCUCCUUCACUUCGCCCUCCAGCCGCGGCGGCUGCAGCGUAAUCCCGACACAGCCGAGCAGCCUGAGCAGCUAGCCGAGGGCGGCGGCGGCGCUCCUCAGGACACCCGCAGAUCACCUUUUCCCCACGGCUUCGCCAUGGCAGACUGUGUACGGACCUGCGCGCGGCCAAUGUGUAUCCCUCCAUCAUAUGCUGACCUUGGCAAAGCUGCCCGAGAUAUUUUCAACAAAGGAUUUGGCUUUGGACUGGUGAAGCUGGAUGUGAAAACAAAGUCAUGCAGUGGUGUGGAAUUCUCAACAUCUGGUUCAUCUAAUACAGACACUGGUAAAGUUACUGGGACCUUGGAGACCAAAUAUAAAUGGUGUGAGUAUGGUCUGACUUUCACAGAAAAAUGGAACACCGAUAAUACUCUGGGAACAGAAAUUGCAAUUGAAGACCAGAUUUGUCAAGGUUUGAAACUGACAUUUGAUACUACAUUUUCACCAAACACAGGAAAGAAAAGUGGUAAAAUCAAGUCCUCUUACAAGAGGGAAUGUAUAAACCUUGGCUGUGAUGUUGACUUUGAUUUUGCUGGACCUGCAAUCCAUGGUUCAGCUGUCUUUGGUUACGAGGGCUGGCUUGCUGGGUACCAGAUGACCUUUGACAGUGCCAAAUCAAAGCUGACAAGGAGUAACUUUGCAGUGGGCUACAGGACUGGAGACUUCCAGUUACAUACUAAUGUCAAUAAUGGGACAGAAUUUGGAGGAUCAAUUUAUCAGAAAGUAUGUGAAAAUUUCGACACUUCAGUAAACCUUGCUUGGACAUCAGGUACCAACUGCACUCGUUUUGGCAUUGCAGCUAAAUACCAGUUGGAUCCUACUGCUUCCAUCUCUGCAAAGGUCAACAACUCUAGUUUAAUUGGAGUGGGUUACACCCAGACUCUGAGGCCUGGUGUGAAGCUUACACUGUCUGCUCUGGUAGAUGGGAAGAGCUUUAAUGCUGGAGGCCACAAGCUUGGGCUUGCCUUGGAAUUGGAGGCUUAAUCCAGCUGAAAGAAACCUCUGGGAACUGAUAUCAGAAGAUUUGGCCUUAAUAUAUUUCCAUGUGACCAGCAGGCUCACCCUCUUCCCCUUCCCCCCAGAAGGUGAUCAAAGCAAAGGAUGAUCUAAACAAGAGCUGUAUUUUAAAUAUUUAGACAGUUACCUGUUAGCUGGUUUAGUUGAAUUGGUUACCUAGUUAUCAGUGCUGCAGUCGUGCAGUCACCUAUACAUUAUUUAAUGUAUUUAACUGUUAAAUGUGCUCCCCACCAAUAAUGAAAUAGACGUUUAUGAAAACCGUGCCAUGGUGUGCAUUAUGUUCCUUUUAACACUGACUAUUGCUGUUGAAUGAGAUGGAUCAGUGGAUGUUUUGAGAUGAGGUUAAAGAUAAGGUUUUUUUUUUUUGUUAAAUUCAACCAUUAGAAUUACUUUUGGUAACCCAAAACAUUACAAAUUAUGAAUAAAACAAGUGUACAUAA